AUGAAGGGCUAUUAUUUGUUCAGAAAAGAAAGGUUUUAUGACCUUGGAAUAAUGAACCUCACAAACCAAUGGGAUCGCCAGAAAGUGUACGAGGCAUUUAACCAAAUGAAGCACUCUCCAAGGCUACAUACAUGGCUGUUGUUGAACGACAUUGGCUUUGCAAGAAGCAGGGUGUUUUGCUGUUGUUCUAGAAUUGGACAGGUGCUUGUUUACCAUGAUCUUCUUGGUAUGUUACAACACCCUCACCAUGCAAAGGUUACUCCAAAGUUUUCUAAACAUUACGCUCGUUUCGGAGACGUCAUCAAUAAAGCCUUACUCGAGUAUAAGGAAGAUGUGACGAAUGGUUCAUUUGCUGAUGCUAAACAUAGUCCUUACAAAAUCAGUGAAACUGAUGCUAAUGGUUUCUUAAAUGAGCUGUAA